AACACCAAUCUCUAAUGGCAUAUUUUAUCCUUUUGCAGAAAAACUCAAACUCCAACAAUGGCGAUCAACGAACCAGAGUUUGCCACGGCCGUGGCGGUGGCGACAAAGAAGAGAACAUUCAAGAAAUUCUCAUUCAGAGGAUUCAACGUCGAUGCUCUUCUCAAAAUGUCAAACGUUGAUCUCGCUAAGCUCUUCAAUGCUCGUGUUCGCAGAAGAUUCUACAGAGGAUUAAAGAAGAAACCUCUGAUUCUGAUCAAGAAGCUACGGAGGGCGAAAAAAGAAGCAAUUGAUGAGAACAAGAAGAAGCCUGAAGUAGUGAAAACACAUCUAAGGAACAUGAUCAUUGUCCCCGAGAUGAUUGGAAGUGUUGUCGGAGUUCACAAUGGAAAGAAGUUUAAUGAAAUCGUGAUUAAGCCUGAGAUGAUUGGUCAUUAUCUUGCGGAGUUUUCGAUGACUUGCAAGAAGGUUAAUCACUAUAGACCACGUAUUUGUGGUUGUGGUUGUUUCCGUCGGUCCACCAGGUUUAUUCCUCUCAGGUGAUGAAGAAAAAGCUCUGUUUUUUCCAAUUCAGAAAGAUUUUUAUUGUUCUGUUUCUUUUGUUUUGUUUUGGGACCAUUUUAUUCGUGCUUUGGGAUUUCUGUCUUCUCAUCUUUAGAAUGUCCCUUUAGGCUUUAAAUAAAACUCAACUAUAAAG